GAACAAGUGCAGAGUUCAAGGAAUCAAGGGCUCAGACUCUUAUUAUUUCCUUUUCUUCUCCACAUCAUGAGGGGAAAUCAACUGCCCAAUCCAGUCUUGAUUCUACUUUUCUUGCUCUUUCCCAGAGAUGCUUCAGCUACUUCAAAACCGCAGUACCUGGUGCUGGUCCCAUCACAGCUGUACACUGAGUUACCUGAGAAGGCGUGCGUCAUGCUUAAUCACCUGAAUGAGACAGUGACACUUAACGUAAUUCUGGAGUAUGGAAUGCACAGCAAGGCUCUCCUCACAGACCUGGUGGCAGAGAAGGACUCCUUCUACUGCAGUCCCUUCACUAUUCCGGAGUUGCCAUCUUCUUCAGCGUUCAUUACUGUUCAGGUGAAAGGGCCAACCCAGGAGUUCAUAAAGAGGAAGCCAAUGAAAGUAACAAAAGCAAAGAGCCUCGUCUUUGUCCAAACAGACAAACCCAUCUACAAACCAGGACAAACAGUGAGAUUCCGCAUUGUCUCUGUGGAUGUCAAUUUUCAUCCUUUGAAUGAAACGUUCCCAGUGGUUUAUAUUGAGAACCCCAAGAGGAACCGAAUUUUCCAAUGGCAAACGCUAAAAUUACAAGGGGGACUCAGCCAGCUCUCUUUCCCACUCUCAGAGGAGCCCAGUCUGGGUCCCUACAAGGUCAUGCUGGAGAAGGAGUCAGGGGAAAAGAUAGAGCACUCCUUUGAGGUGAAUGAAUAUGUUUUGCCCAAAUUUGAGGUCCAAUUGAAAAUGCCCAAGACUAUUGGUUUUCUAGAUGAAACAUUUGUGGUAUCCGUGUGUGGCAGAUACACAUAUGGAAAACCUGUCCCUGGUCUGGUGACAAUUAAUGUAUGCAGAAAAUAUGUACAAUACUAUUCCACCUGUCAUGGAAAACAUUCACAAAGUAUCUGUGAAGAAUCUAGUCAACAGGCAGACGAUAAAGGCUGUUUCACACAACUCGUAAAGACUAAAUUAUUUCAGCUGAAACACCAAGGGUAUGACAUGACAAUAAAAGUGGAAGCCAAGGUCAGAGAGGAGGGAACAGGGUUGGAAUUAACUGGGCAUGGAUCCUGUGAAAUUACAAAUACCUUAAGCAAACUUAAAUUUACAAAAGUGGAUUCACAUUAUAGACGUGGGCUCCCUUUCUUUGGGCAGGUUCUUCUAGUUGAUGAGAAGGAUCAGCCAAUGCCCAAUAAAACUCUGCUUGUCAAUGUGGGUUCAGAGGCAUACCAUUCCAGCUUUACUACUAAUGAACGUGGUUUGGCAAACAUUUCUAUCGAUACAACCAACCUCACAUCUUCUUUGAUUACAAUUUUGGUCACUUACAAAGAGAAUGCCCUGUGUUUUGAUAACUGGUGGCUUCAAGAACAUCAUAAUACAGAAGCACUGCACACUGCAAAGCAUGUUUUCUCUCUCAGCAAGAGUUAUGUUCACCUUGAACUUGUUGCCGGUACCAUAGCCUGUGGGAAAACCCAAGAAGUCCGGGCACACUACAUCCUGAAUGGAGAGAUACUGAAGGAUGAAAAAGAGUUAACCUUCUAUUAUGUGAUCAAAGCAAGAGGAAGCAUCUCCCAAUCAGGAAUCCAUGUGUUGUCCAUUGAACAAGGAGACAUGAAAGGGAUAUUUUCCUUCUCCUUUCGAGUGGAAUCAGACAUUGCUCCAACUGCCCAGUUGAUUAUUUAUACUAUUUUACCUAAUGGAGAAAUUGUUGCAGAUACUCAGAAACUAGAGAUUGAAAACUGUUUUGCAAAUAAGGUAAAUUUGAGCUUCUCCUCAGCCCAGAGCCUACCAGCUUCAGACACCAGCCUGAAGGUCACAGGCACUCCUCACUCCCUCUGUGCUCUGCGUGCAGUAGACCAAAGUGUACUGCUGAUGAAGCCCGAAGCUGAGCUCUCAUCUCAAUCAAUCUAUAAUUUGUUACCAAUAAAGGAUGUCCCUAGUGUUAGAAAUAGAGAUUUCAUGAAUGAAGAUGGUGAAAAAUGCAUAAAUGCAGAAGACAUAACUCACAAUGGAAUCCUUUACAAAGCAAUGCAGAUCCUGGAUGAUGAUGAUGUUUACAGUAUCUUUGAGUCUGCAGGAUUAAAUAUUUUUACCAACUCAAAAAUCCGCAAACCAUAUUUUUGUCAGCUGCCUCUGCCAUAUUCACAACCGCCGGUGGCCUAUGCAGAUAGUAUCGGCAACUAUAAGAAAUUAAUGGUAAAAGUGACGUUUACAUUGGGCCCUGCAUGUUGUCUUUCCAUAGGAGGUCAACAAAUGUUUGGAGGAGUUGCUUCUGCUCCAGGUUAUCCAAUGAACUUUAGAGAUGACUUUGCAGCCGAAGAAGUAAAAGAGACAGUCCGGACGUAUUUCCCUGAGACCUGGAUCUGGGACUUGGUGCCACUUGAUUUAUCAGGAAGUAGUGAGUUGGCAAUGAAGAUCCCUGACACCAUUACAGAGUGGAAGGCCAGCGCAUUCUGCUUGUCUGGAACAAUGGGGCUUGGCCUCUCUCCCAUCAUCUCUCUUCAAGUCUUCCAGCCCUUCUUCCUAGAACUCACUCUCCCCUACUCUGUGGUGCGAGGAGAAGCCUUUACACUCAAAGCCACUGUAUUCAACUAUUUGUCCCACUGCAUUCGGAUCAGCAUGCAGCUGGAGGACUCUCCUGCCUUCUUAGCUGUCCCACUAGAGAAGAAUGAAGAAUCUCACUGUGUCAGUGGAAAUGGGCGGAUAACUUUGUCCUGGGCUGUGACCCUAAAGUCACUCGGAAUGGUGAAUUUCACAGCUACUGCAGAAGCCCUGCAGUCUCAGGAAUUGUGCGGCAAUGAGGUGCCUAACGUUCCAGCACUUGGACGGAAGGAUACUGUAGUCAAGCCCUUAUUAGUCGAGCCUGAAGGAAUAGAAAAGGAGGAAACGUUCAACACACUCCUCUGUGCAUCAGAAACAGGAGUACCUGAAAAGUUGUCACUAAAAGUUCCAUCAAAUGUGGUUGAAGGAUCUUCCAGGGCGACAUACUCAGUUUUGGGUGAUAUAUUAGGCUCUGCAAUGCAAAAUCUUCAGAAUCUUCUUCAGAUGCCCUAUGGUUGUGGAGAGCAGAAUAUGGUUCUUUUUGUUCCUAACAUCUAUGUUCUGAAUUAUUUGAAUGAGACACGACAGCUGACAGAGAAGAUCAAGUCCAAAGCCAUCAGCUACCUCGUCGGUGGGUACCAAAGACAGUUGAAUUAUAAACACAACGAUGGUUCAUACAGCACCUUUGGGGAUCAUGAUGGUAGAAGUCAGGGAAACACUUGGCUCACUGCGUUUGUGCUCAAGUCCUUUUCUCAAGCCCGGUCAUACAUCUUUGUGGAGGACUCACACAUCACGAGUUCUCUCACCUGGCUCUCACAAAAGCAAAGGGAAAAUGGUUGUUUCCAGCGCUCUGGAUCACUGCUAAACAAUGCUAUGAAGGGUGGAGUGGAUGACGAGCUAACACUGUCUGCCUACAUCACCAUUGCUCUGCUGGAGAUGCCACUGCCCGUUACUCACCCAGUUGUUCGCAAUGCUCUGUUCUGCCUGGAAAGUGCCUGGAGGUCCACCUUUGAGGCCCAAGGAAGUUUCGUCUAUACCAAGGCACUAUUGGCCUAUGCCUUCGCCCUAGCAGGAAACCAGGCCAAGCGAAGUGAGCUGCUUGAGUCACUGGACAAAGAGGCUGUGAAAGAACAGGACUCAAUCCACUGGGAACGUCCAGGGAAACUUCAAGAAGCUAAGGCAUUCUAUUAUCAGCCUCGGGCUCCUUCUGCUGAAGUGGAGAUGACAUCUUACUUGCUCCUUGCCUAUCUUACUGCCCAGCCUGGCCCAUCUUCAGAAGACCUGUCUGUAGCCUCACGUAUUGUGAAAUGGAUCACCAAGCAACAAAACCCCAAUGGGGGCUUCUCCUCCACUCAGGAUACGGUGGUAGCUCUUCAAGCACUUUCCAAAUAUGGAGCAGCAACUUUCUCUAAAAGGGAGAAAGCAGUUACAGUUACCAUCAAGUCUUCAAAGACCUUCUCAGAAUCAUUUCAAGUAGAUGAUGCCAAUCGCCUAUUGCUGCAGGAGGUUGCCUUGCCAGAGGUUCCAGGGGAGUACAGCACAAUGGUGUCAGGGUCAGGAUGUGUGUACCUGCAGACAUCCCUAAGAUAUAACAUCCUGCCCAAGAAAGAGGGGAAAGUUCCCUUCACUCUGAAAGUUGAUACUCUCUCCAAGAAUUGUGAAGUAAAUGUUGACAGGAAAUUCCAGAUUCACAUCAACAUUAGUUAUACUGGGGAACGACCCAGCUCCAACAUGGUCAUUGUUGACGUGAAGAUGUUAUCAGGCUUCAUACCCGUGAAAGCAUCAGUGAAAAAGCUCCAAGAAAGACCUCAGAUUCAAAGGACUGAAGUGAGCACCAACCAUGUCCUGAUUUACUUUGAAAAGCUAACCAAAGAAACCCUGAGUUUUUCCUUCUCAGUGGAACAAAAUAUCCAAGUGGAGAAUUUAAAACCAGCUACAGUAAAAGCCUAUGAUUAUUAUGAGACAGAGGAAUUCACCAUUGAAGAGUACAGUGAUCCCUGCAGUGCUGGCGAAGUGUAAACAGUCAAAUCCAAUUCCAACAUAAAGAAAAUAAAAACUGAACAUGGAAAUGUUUAAAAAUGGAAACUUAUGGACCUCAUCAUAUGAACUUCUCCAGAAAUGAAGAACAAAGAUUUGUCAAGAGAGAAGUUAGUGGGAGAAAGAAGGGACAGCAAUUGGAAAUAGAUGAAAUUUGUAUCUUAAAUAAAUUUAUGACAUUUACAACUCUA